GUAGCACUUCCGGCGUUGGCGGCAUUGCGGAUACCAACUAAUGAGAAUCUAUCUAUAAUAAAUGUACGUUAGUAGUUAGUAAUUGUUUCAGUUUAGUCCUUGUCUUGCUUAUAAGCUACUAAAACAGAUACGCUUAAUUUCAAUCGUGCAAACAAUUAGUUGCAAUUAAAGUUUUUGUUUAAAUUCCAUUUACAAUACGUUACUUGCUGUUACUAGUGUUACUAACUAACAACUUGAACUCUUCUAAAUUCUUGCCGUACUUAAACUUAGACUUAGGACUCUUAAUUUGAAUCGUAGUGUUGACCAUUAGGCCAGAUACAGCCUAUUAUUCUCUAUUAGAAGAGUAAGAUUCAUCGUCUUACCCUCCUAUUGAAAACAUAGGCCUAGUCUUAGACUUAGUAUAAUUGAACUUGAUAUUAGUCAAUUAUUGUUGAUAGGUCUAAAUUAAGAUAGAAUUAAAAAUUAUUAAUAAAUUAUAAAAUAUUGAGUGAGUAAGCCCUAUUUAUUUAACUUUAGUUUUAGGACAUUUAGGAAGUUAGGAACCACUGUUAGUUGAGCAAAAUGAAUUUCAAUUAUGUAUCCGGUACACUCUCAAUAAGCAAGUAGCCUAGCAUGAACUCUGCUUUGGCUUUAACUUUAGGCCUAAUUCAUGAAAAUAUUUAAUAAAAGAUACUCCUAAAUUCAGUAACUUGUUACAAGUCUUGUACUAGUACUGGUACCUGUUAAUAGUGUUAAUGGUAAAGGCAAAGGUGUAGUUUAUGGCAUGGAUUUUGCCAAGUAAGUGUUGUCUCACCCUAAGCGCAGUAACAUCUCUUUUGAAAUCCCAACACUGGACUGCAUAGAAGGCACUUCGGUAAAGCAUGGGAGACUACUUCAAAAUUUUUAUCUGAAAUAGUAGUCGGCAUAGGGGAAUCAAAGUUUUUAAUUUUUGGACGUUUUCAUGAAAAAACUACUAAAGAUAGUACUUGAGUAAAGUCAUAAAAUUGUGGUAUUCUCCAACAUGUUCACAAUAGGGCACAUCCUGACCUACAUUCCAACAUACUGUUUAUUAUUGAUCGACCUUAAUUUUGGAAAUUAUAGGUAUAAGGCAUCUUUUCCUAAAAAAUUUAGGAAGAAAUUAAAAGAACAUGUCUUUAAUAUUAAAUACUGAAGAAGAGCACUAUAUAUUGAUCUAUUGUGUGCCGAUUCUCAUUGAUUUAAGUCAUGUUAGACGUUGGUUUCUCGUCUCAGUAACCUACAUUAUCUUAAGGUCACUUAGCCUAAUUUUAACCACACCCCCCUUUUUAAUGGCGGAAGAUGCAGAUACUUAAGAAAUAUUCAAUUAUUACCAUGAUUUACAUCAAACUAUUUGAUAACUUGUGUUUUUGAAUGAACUUAGAAGUAAUUUAAUCAAGAAUAUUUUAAUUUGAGAUUUAAAAAUCUGUUAUAGUAAAUAUUAUAAAUGAUCAUAAUUUGCUGUGAGCAAAACAUUGUCAUCUGCAACCAUUCACAGUCACUUGGAUGUGCUAUAGCUAGCCUAGAAUGCCUAAUAAAAAAUUAAGAAACAAAAUAAUUUCUGGGGACGGGGUACUUCAUCAUUGUGAUCAUCCAAAUAUUUGAAAUUUAGAGUAUAUGUUUUAAACUCAUUAACUCCUGGAUCAACAAAUUUGUCUUGUAGAUUAAACAAAAUGAUAUAAAGAGUUUUAUGCCACAACAUGCAGGUAUAACUGCAAAUUGCAAUUGCAUGGGCAGUAGUUGUAAUUAGAGCUUUAACUUGUCAAUAAAUCAACACAAAGUGAUACUGCAUUCGGUGAUUUAUGUAGAUGUACUUGAAAUUCAAACUAGUAGGCCUAUUAGCAAGAUUUCUUUGCACUAAUAAUAUGAAGCGAAAAGAUUGAGGGAUGAAAUGUUCUAUUACCUCUUGCUUGAAUUGAAUGAAUAUCGUCUUUAAAUUUGGAGAUUUGGUUAUUUUAAUUUGUAAAGGAGCAUAAACUUUAAUAAAAUAACAACUGUGAACAUCUGUAGUGUUUGCACUAUUGGAGAUAAAAUAAUUAUGAAUGUCGUAAGUAAUGUAAACAUUUUCCUUGCUCAAAAGAUUGUGUAAGGCUAUACAUUUUAAUGAAGAGAUCACAAUGAAGAAGUAUACAAAGCACCAGUAGUUCUACUAGUCAUAAAUUAAUAAUAAUAUAAAGAGUAGUUUAGGAAAAAUGAUGACAGACUAAAAAAAACAGAACAUAUGAAUGAAAAAAAAAAUAUUUCAAAAUAUUUGUACGAAUAACUUUUGUUCAAGCUUUUGAAUACCUGUUGCAUGUUUAAAUACAUUAUUUAGAAUAAUUUUAUAGGCCUAAUGCAUAAGCUAUUGCUUAGCAUAAAUAGAACUCCCAUUCUUUGUAUUCAACUUUAAACUAGAUUACAAGAUAUUUUUUUUUAAAUGACACUUGAUCAGACUUGGAAUUUUUUUAUUUAUAAAAAUAUAUUUGUUAUAAUAUUUUAAACUCAUUUUUAAGGGAUAUUUAUUUUAAUGCUGUUUUUUUCUACCAAUUUUAAAGUAUUCAUAUUGAGAAAUGACUGUUGGCGGUCACCGUCCACGUUGUUUCUUUGACAUCAGCAUUGGAGACAAACAAAGUGAGAUCAUUUUAGUCUUCCUAUUAGUUAAUUUUCUACUUUUUUUUUUUUCUUUUUUUUUUUAACAUUAUUCAUUAAAAAGUCAAAACACAUUUUGCAGUCCUAAUAAUUGAUUUCAAAUGAAAGUUUUGCAUAAUUAUUGUCAUAUUACUAGCUUAUUAGGAGCAGUUAUUUUUAACUCCCUGCAGCCAGAAGGAUUAUUGAUUUUAUUCCAAGAAAUAUAAUAAUUUAUUAAUUUAAAAAUUCCAUGUGUUAGUAGGAUGGGAAAAUUCGUUUAAAACUCAUAUAAAAUAUUUACUUCUAGUUGGUCGGAUUGUCUUCGAACUUUUCUCUGACGUUGUCCCAAAAACAUGUGAGAACUUUAGAGCCCUUUGCACUGGUAAGUUCUUUUAGUUAUACCUAUUUUUUCUUUCUUGCACUAUGUACAGUACAUAUAUAUUUUUUGUAUCACCUAAAAGUAUGUCCUGUUGGUAAAAACAAAACCAUAAUAGUUAUAUGUUUUAAAUUUAGUUUUAAAAGUUAUUAUUCAAACUAUUCAUUCAAAAAAAUUAUUCAUACCUAUCUCUGUUGUUUCUAUCCGGAAGUUUUAUUUGUUUACAGGUGAACUAGGAACCAGUGAAAAGACAGGCAACACACUUCAUUACAAGGGUGCUCUUUUCCAUAGAGUUGUCAAAGAUUUUGUCAUUCAGAGUGGUGACUUUACAAAAUGUAAUUGAAAGUAUUUGUUUAUUUCGUCACUCAACCAGUCAAGUAAAAUGACCAGGGGGGGGGGGGGGGCACUAAUUUUAUAAAUUAAUAUAUCUGUUAACACCAUUUUUGUUUUGUGAAUGUUUAUGUACUAAGUCUGAUUUCAGUAUCCAACAGGAUCAAAUUUUAUGUUUCUUUUCACAGUUGAUGGCACUGGAGGAGAGUCUAUCUACGGAGGAGUUUUCCCUGGUAUGAUAUUGUUAUUUUGAUUCAGUGUGUGUUACAUAACCUGACAUAUGCCAGUUGAAGUUUUAUGGAAUAUUGGAGCAUUUGCUAACACAUCACAGCUUAUCUAACAUAAUAUUACUUAAUUGAAUGUUAGAUUCUCUGAAAGCAAAAUUUGGACAUGGCAAUAAUAUUUACGACAUGAAUUGCAUGGAGUUUGCUAAAACAGAAGUCUAAAAAGCAGUACCCUAAAGUUAGUGUCUUUACAUAAUUAAAAUUCUGAAUAUAUUGAUUAUAUCGUAAAUUUGUGUCCAGAAGCAAGUGUCACAAGAUUAUUACUGUUAAAUAUGCAGUUACUCUUGAUCUUAACAUAUAAAAUAAUAAUUAAAAUAUCUCAUUUGGAAGUUAAAUACAUUUUUUUUCAGAUGAAAACUUUCAACUCAAGCAUGACAAAGAAUUUCUUUUGUCAAUGGCAAAUAAGGGCAAAGACACAAAUGGGAGUCAGUUUUUUAUGUAAGUUUAAUUAAGCUUCUAAGCUGUCACCAUUGACGUGAUAAUUUGCUAUCAUGUACAAUUCAACACUAUAAAUGUGUGUAAUUACUUGAUUGGAACCAAACACGGCCAUCAUUAAAGGUAGUUGCAUUCUGCCUUAAUUGGCAUUUAGCACUCUUGGGAUGGCUGGGGUAAUCGGUCAAGGGGCAGUAGCAAAAAAGGCGGAUGGCUGAUCUAUUGGCCAGAUAUUCAAGCCUCAGGUUUGGUUAGUUGGGCUAGCUAAUCAGAUUGCUUCUUACAUAUUCUUGCACAUCCUGGUCUUUUAAUGGCGGCCUCCAUUUAUUGUUUACUAGCUUUUGGUGUGUUCAGAAAUUUUUGUGUAUGUUGCAAGCAAUAUCGUAAAUUUCCAAAAUGUCUGACAGUGACACUAAACAAACUGUCUUUAGUGAUUUUGAUAUUCUAGCAGUGAAUACUGACACUGAAGAAAACAACCAGGAAAGUAAUGAAGACUGUCAAAAGGAUGAUGUUCACGAUAAUGUUGUGAACCCUUGGUAUAGUUUUAGGGGUCCUCAACUGGAUAGAGACGACCCCUCUGAAUUUUUAGACAAUAUAGAUCCUAUAAAUACGCCAUGCCUCAAGGCAUAAGCACCCCAUUUCAGUACUUAAUGCUAUUUUUUACACUCAAAUGUUUAUGAGAGAGACCAAUAGGUAUACAUACAAUUUUCUCACUAACAACUAGCUUAAUAGAAGGUCCAUAGCCAUAGGUCAUUAAUGGGGCCUGUUACAGUGAAUGUCUGUAGCAACUGAAAAAUAGGCAGGAAAAGGGUGGAACCAUAUGCCAGAGGUGUCUGAAGGACCUCCAUGGGCCUUGUUUUCCCAAAACACAAGUGUUAGGACUUAUUUAGGCUUCAUCCAUCAAAAAAUUCGCACAAUUGAUACAAGUAAGACAUGUUAAUUCUAAGUUUAACAACAAAUAGUUACAAGCAUAAAUUAUGCAAACCAGGUUAGCUCAUUGCAUAAAUGUUGAGAUUUCAGUUUGAUUCAUAAAGAUUGUAUUAGUUAUUUCCUACAAGAAUAUAUAUAGUUUUAUAUAUGUAAAGGAAAUAUUUUAUUUUUUAUAAAUCACUCUGAAAAGGCUCCGCCCUGAAAUGGUUAAGAAGCGCGGAGGGGGGGGGGGUAAUUUAUUUAGUAUCGCGGCAUCCCAAACCCUUUGGAAAUUUUCUUUGCACAUAGUUACACUUUUAAUGAGUGAAAAAUCAUUAAUGAAAUUAUAUAUAUAUUUUUUUUUUUAAAAGCAGAUUAGAUUGUGUGCUUUUAUCGAUUGAUUCCUACUUUCCAUUUUUGUUGCUGUAUUCUUUAACUGUGAAAGCAUUACAUUUUUUAAAUAUAUUUGUAUGUUUUAUUACAUGUAUUCAAGUAUUUAGUGCCAGGAAUGAACAUAGGUUCUGAUUUAAAUUUGUAUCAUCUAAGGAACAAUGAUAAGAAACAAAAAUAUUAAGGAUGCUGGUUUAAAAAGUCCUAACUAGCUUUACCUAAGUGUUUCAAAGUAUUUUUUUUUCUUUUUCAAAGUAAAUUUUUGUUUUUCUCCAGCACUACCAAGGCAACCCCUCACUUGGACAAGUAAGUAUUAGAAUAUGUCUAAAGCUAUUAUAAAGCAAUUAUACUUAUAUUCUAUGCUUAAUAUUUAAUUCUACUAUCAGUUUUGCCUGUCUCAAUGUCAAGACUUGACAACAAUUGAGUAGAUAAAUGCUGGUUUAUGUCAUAUAUAUAUAUAUAUAUAUAUAUAUUUGACAUAUAUGUCGCUCUCAGAAGAAAACAGACAUUGGAGUCCUUUAAAACCGAUUUAAAAACACUUCUAUUUCGCAAACAUCUUCUGGGGUGAUGUUGUCUACCAUAUUUUCCAGUUAAUGCAUUUUAUUGGCUUAUGUUGCUUAUGGUUGAAAGGGAAGAAAGACUUUGACUUGGUAUGCUUGAAUGUAGAUUUUGUAGUGUUAUGUUUGUUUUAAAUGUGGUAAAUUAUAGAUUGUUUUUAUUUCUCUUUUUUUAAUACGGUUGACUUUGUACCAUGCUUUGAGAUUUUUGGGAUGAAGUGUGUUUUUCAAAUAAAAUUUAUUAUUAUUUAUUAUUAUGUAUAUAUAAGUCAAAUGUGUUUUGCUCCUACAUGGAUUAAUUGCAGUACCCUCAAAUUGGUGUAUUUAAAAAAAAAAAUUUUGAAAAUGAUAAUUGUAAUUAUAUAUUCAUACAUAGAAAUACAAAUUUUCAAUUUAAGUUACACUGCUAGUAAAUCAUUCUAAAUAUAUGUGAAGAAUGAAAUAAGUAGUUGACAAUAUUCAUAUUAAAUAACAAGUUAAAAUAAUGUAUCAGUUAAUGUCUAAUUCAGUUAUAUGUUCAUGUUGGCUUUCAUUUAGUACCUGGAAAAGUGCAAUGUUUAAAAGCUAUAUAGAAUAGACAAUAUAGGAAUAUGAAAAACAUCUUUUUAAUUACAUUUUCAUCUAACAUUAUCCACCCUAUAUGCUCAAGGCAUCGAAAUUUUAGUUGCGGUUCCCAAUGGUUAUCUAGUUAGCCAGCUCUGUUUUAUGAAAUGUCAUUGAAAUCAUUUAAUGACGACAAUUUAUUUCAAAACGAAUCGAGUGAUAUGGGAGGACAUAAUUAUGCAAUGUAUAACUCUUUUAAAAAUCAAAACUAUUUGCAGCUUUUGAAUUAUUUUUCUAUUUUGGUAAUGAAGUAUUAUCAGAUGUUUACUUCUGCUUUUUAUCUGUUAAUCCUAAAUCAAGGUUAUCUGAAAUUCCUCUACAAAACUAAAACUUGACACUCUGUGAUUUGUUUUAAUAUUCAAAUUAAAUCACUUCAGUUUUUAAAUAUUUUGAUGCAUUAUCCUUUAAUUAUUUAUUUUUAAAAAUUUUGUGUUUUUCACCAGGAGCCUCUGUUCAAUUGUGUUUGUAAUAAAUUAUCCUCUGUUUUCAGUGUCCAUGUUGUGUUUGGCCACGUAUUGAGUGGACAGGAUAUUGUGAGGACAAUAGAAAAUUUACCUGUAGAUGCAAAAAGCCGACCCACAGCAGAGGUCCGGGUUACCAAUUGUGGAGAAUUGGUGUUGCAGCUUAAGUCUAAAUGUAAUUAAUUUCAUUCAUCAUACACAGUGGUAAUUUCAAGGGGUUGGCGGGAUGACCGGAAAGUGGUGGUGGGGGGGGGGGGUGUUAAAAGUUUGAGAACAGCUGAUCAAAAUUUUUAAUUACUGCCUUUUCCAAAUAUUGAACCAUCCAUUUCCUAUAAUAGCCCUGUUAUAAUGUCUUUAAACAUUUUUGAUGAGAUAGAUCAUUCACUCUACAGAGCAUUUGCACAAAUUUGAAUGUGUGCAACUUUUUUAAUUACGUUUGGUGCAAUAGAAAUAUUUUAGUUUACCGAUGCUGCAUGACUUCUUCUUUAACAAAAAAAUAAAUGUUGAAAAUGUUAUUAUGAACAGCUAAAAAGAAGUCUAAAGCAGAGGCUGAAGCAGAAAGCUCAUCUGACUCUGAGAAAGAGUCAAAGAAGAAAAACAAGAAGAAAAAACAUCACCACAAAAGGAAACACAAGAAGAGGGAUUCAAAAAAGAAGAAGAAAGACAAAAAGUCCCACUCUGAAGAUGAGGACGUAGAGGAAGAAAAGAAAUCAGAGUAAGAUAAUUUGAUAUCAUUUUACUUGAGAGGAAUGCUUUUCAUUUGAAUUAGUUGUCACGGUUCAUAUCCUGAGCUCAAUGCCAUACGAUCUUUAAAGUGGUCACAGAGGAAAAUAUUGAUAAUUUUGAGAUUUUUAUCCAUGAGAUUAAGGUGAUUUCUAUUCGAGUAAGCUAAUAAACAAUUUUCUUUUUAUGUUUUUCCUUUAGAAUAUAUGUAUGUAUGUUUUUAAAUUAAUAUUGUUUCACAAUAAAGCAACAUCUUCCUUUUACAUCUAAUUUUGUUUAAUUUAAAAAACAAAAAAAGCAUGUCAGUGCCAUGUGUAUUUAUUGAGUUCUUCUUCUGUUAUUGAAUGCUUUAAUGUCUUUCUUUAUUUGUUUACAGCCAGAAAGCUGAGAAGACAGAAGAAAUAGGCUCAGUGUUUGCUGAAAUCAGAACUGAUGAAAUUCCUGAAGUUCCUUUCCAGAACUUUCUUUACAGAGGCAAGAAGGAAGAGGAAGAAAAGAAAGACAUUGCUGUUGAAAAACCAGAAGACAAUGAAUCAAGACAAAAGUAAAAACUCCUUUUAUAAUUCGUUUUUUGUUGUUUUUUUUUGUUAUGUUCGUUCUUGUAUAUAUAAUGUCAUUCAAUUAUUUUUUUUUUUAAUUUUGAAAUGCAUUAACUUGUAUGUUAAGUCUUAAGAUAUUUGUAGGCAUGCAAAGGUAAUUUAGUUCUACUGGUCAAUGUCUUUUUAUUAUCUGUGUGUCAACUCUUGUUUGAAUCAAUAUGUGGAUUGCUUCCACAGAGUAAGAUCCCCUAGACGUAGAGAAAGAAACAACAGGCCCAUUGUGUCAGCAUCUGGAAGAAAACUCAAAGGCAGAGGGGCUAUUGUAAGUCUGUGCUCUAGAGUUUCAAGUGUGUAAAAAAAUAACCCUACGAUUAUUAUGUUUACUUUUUAAAAUUGUUGUUUAUAAAAAUAACAAAAACAAUGGGUGUAUGAAUCGUUUUUACUAUUUAUGCAGAGAUUCCGAAGUCGUUCUCGGUCUACUACCCCACCUCAUUGGAAACAAGAACAAAGGCGAGCCAUUCCUCUCAGUGAAGCAGAGAAACUUGCUGAGAAACGAUGGAGCAAAGGUGAAGCCAUAUCAGCCCAGUCCUUAGAGAAGACAGAGAGCAAAAGGGAGACAGAACGGGGAAGAUUCGCCCAAGGGGGCAGAUUUGAGAGAGAAAGGGGGGAUGGAGAUGCCAUUGAGAGGUUAGUCUAUUUCAAAGUUUUUAGCUCAUAUUGUUGUGCUUACCUAUUGUAAGCUUGUAUCCAUGAUUCUUUAUGACUCAUUAUCUGGCAUGAAAUAAUCACUGUGCUAUUUAAAUUUCAGCCGCGCCACGUGCCCUUUAUAAAAUAUCUAUUUCUUUAACCCUGGACAUUCAAAUUUCCGAAAUUACCUUUUGAUUUUCCCUAGAAAACUCGAAAAUGGUCGUACGAAAAGACAAGGGAGGGAACAUGAUGAAGACAAGAAUGAUGAAAGAAAGAAGCGGUCACGUCCUGAUGACAGUGAUGAAAAAGGUGAACCAUUCUUUCACUCUUGUAUUUAUAUUGUUUUCUCAAAGUAAUACUAGUGGAUCAGAAUUUUACAUAAAUAUGUUAGCCAACUAGGCAUUAACAAGAUGUUUUUGGUACAUGUUCAGUGGGUGCAGUUGAAUAGCAAUGACUUGAAAUUGGCUUGUAAAAAAUGUCUGCUCAUGCUUUGUAAAAAUUAAAUUAAAACCAAAUAUGUAGUUAUGAUUGUUUUCUUUUCUGUUAAUUUGUUUGGCUUUAUUUCAUAUUUUUUUUAAACAUGCCAUCGUCUUUAUCUUAAAGUUGAUGAGAGAAAACGUAAAAAGGAUAAAACUGAAGGUCCAAGAGACCAGUCAGAAGAUAGUGAUAUAGAGACAGGAUCCGGCAAUGAGGAUGGAGAGAUAAAGAGCCGGAAAGAUAAAGACAAAGCAAAAGAGAGGAGCAGGGAGGCUCGUAAUAGACGUGAGAGUGAACGUAAUAAAUCUGACAACAGGUAAUAAAUUUUAGUUUUUUAAGUUAAAAUCAAGAUUGAAUGGUGCAUAUCUGUUUCAUACAAGCAGGCGGCCUACCUGUGGACAACCUUUAAGCUAUUUGCUUUUGGUUUAAAAAAGAUCAAUACUGUUAAAAAUAAACUGUUUAAGGCUUGCUAUAACUUUUCUUUAAAAUAUAUUUGAGGCAAAAAAAAAAAAAGAUUUUAUAUCAAGUGGAUAUUAUCUUAGUCUUCAUUUUUUUCUACAGAAGUUCAUCUCCAGAUGAGCGGCCAAUAAGAGACUUUAAGCUAUUUGCUUUUGGUUUAAAAAAGAUCAAUAAUUUUAAAAAUAAACUUUUUAAGGCUUGCUAUAACUUUUUUUUAAAAUAUAUUUGAGGAAAAAAAAAAAAAAAAAAGAUUUUAUAUCAAGUGGAUAUUAUCUUAGUCUUCAUUUGUUUCUGCAGAAGUUCAUCUCCAGAUGAGCGGACAAUAAGAGACAGAAGGAACAAGGUGAAAGAGAAAUCACCACCUCCACGCCGUGAUGUCAGGAAGGACUCGCGUAGAUCUCGCUCCCCUGAAAAGAGAGAAAAUAGAAGAGACUCUGGUGAUCACAGGAACCGCUUGCAUCGCGAGGAAGCUGCAGAAGGGAAAUUUCAUAACAGACGGCGAGACUCUAGGCGCUCAAAAAGUUCUGAGAAAAGUGAUGACAGUUCAAGGAAACCUAAAGACAGCAGAGCUAAAUCACCCCCUAAACGAAAUCCAGAUAGAACUAGGUCGCCAUAUUCUCAUAGGCCAGGGAAGGAUGAUCGACGAGAAAGGUCAUUAUCUCAUGACCGAAAGAGAAAGCGAUCAAGCUCAAAUGAGAAGUCUAGAUCACGGGAUUUAAGUAAAAAUGACUUGCACCGUCGGAGGAGGUCAGACUCCAGCACUGAGAAAAAGAAAGACGACUUAGAAAAGAAACGUAAAAGAGGGACCCCAACCAGGUCAUCUAGUUCUGAAGAUGAAAAAUCAGAGCAUGAAGAUAGAUGGAAGACUGUAGGGUAAAUACAAACAGCUACAGUAAUUAUAAAUAAUAUCUUAAUAUAAGUUUCAAAUGCAAUUUCUACUUUCUUCUAAUUUAGCACAUGUAUAAGUUCUAUUUUAAAAUUUUUACCUUUCAGGCCAGUAAGGAAGAAAUCUGACAGUCCACCUCCUACUCAUUGGAAACCUGGUCAACGACCUUUGAAAAAUGCCAAUAAAACAGAGAAGUGUGUAAUGUUCCUGUUUUAGACACUUAUAUUGAAAUUGACUAUAUGAAACUAAACUUUUAUGAUAAUUAUUUAUGGCUUUAUUUGAAAAAAAAAUCUUUUUUUCAGACUUAAGAACCCAUUAGAUGAAGCACCACUUUCAGUGCUCCAGGAAACUGAGGCAUUGCUGAAGGCUCAGUUGGCUGCAGACUCAAUUGAUGAGGCCCUGUCUCUGUCUAGUCCUGCCCCCAUGGCAGCCAAGAUACAAUACAAACUAGAUGGAGGAGAGCAAAUUCAAUACAGUGUAACAUUAGGUAAUCCUUUCUACCUAUAUCAGCCAAUUUCAGUGACAGUGCACUUUUAUGCUGCAAGUUCAUAUUACAUCUAACUCGGUAGACAAUUGUCAAAUUUUUUUUAUCGUUACAAAAAGAUGGAUAUGAACUUCUUAACUCUCAUGAGACGAGAUUUUUCCAGUUUUUGUAACCUUGAAUACAUCUUAUUAUUCAAUGUGUCUCAUGGGUGUAAUUAUGUAAAAGGUUUAUAUAUCAUUUUAAAGGUAAUGGGAUGCUCUUUAACAUAUAUUUGGUGUUAGUUCAAAAUAUCCUUUCUAAAAUUGAUUUAUUAUUAUUUUUAGGCAAAAGUUUAAUUUUUUUUAGUAGAAAAAAACAUAUCACAGCUUCACAAAGAAAGUGAAAAAAAAGUGUUUCCAAAUAUGGCAAUAAAAUUGAUAUUUUAUAAGAAUGUAUUCAAUACUAGAAUACAUAUUCAAAUUUCAAAAGAAUAAAGACUCAUAAAUAAAAAAAGUUAUGACUAUUUAUAGACAACAUAUCAUUCAAGGAAAUAUUGCCCAAAAGUUCAAAAUUAUUUUUUUUAAAUAAUGAUAAAUUUUUCUUCAAAAGAAAACAUAUACUGCAUCAAACUAUCACUUAAAAAAUUAUUAGUAAAUAUAAUUUUAGAAUAAAGGUUAGGAAGAAAUGGACAUUUUAAUAAAUAAACAUUUUUUAUACUUGGGGCUUGUGCUGCCUUGGGCAAAUGAAAGUAUCGUAUUAAACACACACACACACACACACACACCCUUUAAAAAAAGAGUUUUUAAAGAAAAAUAAUCCAUGGUAUUGUAACCACCUUACUUACGCAAAAACAUUUUCUUUUGUGCAUUUCAUAAGCUUUGUUCUUAUUUUGAAGAGCGAUAAGUGCAUUAGUGAAUGCUAUUUGGCUAUAAGUAGUUUCACUGCUCUGAUUGAAUUAAACAGCAUUUUCUUAUUAAAAGUAUAUUUAGAGCUUAAGUUUUUACUACGUGAUAAAUUUCAUCAAAGUAUAUUUUUGGAAUGAAUAAAAAUUAAAAACUUAUUAAGUGUUAAAAAUACAAAGCUAAAAUUGUUUUUGAUUUUAGCAAUUAAAAAGCAAUCAAUUAUAUUUAAUUUAUUAAUUUUUUUUUUAAGAAGGGGAUAUUAAAGAACGCACUUAAAAUAACAUUUGUUUUGGGUUUUCCGAUAAAUGUGAUUAUGAUGCAAUUCUUAUAUCAUAAUUUUUUUAUUAAUAUUUUUUUUUCAUAAUUUUUACAUUCGGAUAAAAUUCUUAAAAUUGUUCCUUGGUUGUUACUUUAAAUGCAUUAGUAAUUUAUAAUAAUAAUACUUAAACUUUUACUAAAAUAAAAGCGGAUAUAUAUUUUUUGGCGCAUUUAAAUUUACUCAAAUUCCAUAAAAUAAUAGAAAAUAACUAUGAUUGUUUUUAAUAAUCCGAGCGUAUCUAAAUAUUUUCGAAUCUUUAGCAUUACAGUGUCAUAGCUCAUUCUUAUAUAUAUUAUUAGCUUAGCGCAAACAGUAUUCACAGUUUUAUCUUAACCCAAAUUUGAACAAAAUUUUAUUAAUUAAGCAGACAAGGUACCUGGAAAGCAGUUGCCAGAUGACCAAAAGAGUUCUUCUCAGAAAGCUCGUCCUUUAUUAUCUGGUAUGAAGUCCAGAUCAGACUCAAGCUCUAGCUCAUCAAGCUCUGGUUCUUCAAGGUCUCGUUCAAGAUCAGGCUCAAAAGGUCGCCAACAGAGAACUACGGAUAAAGACCGGAAACAGAAACCAAGAAAAAACGAGGUAGAUAAUUAUUUUAUAAAGUUGUUUGCAUUGUUGAAAUAUAUUUUAAAAAUGUAAUUUGCUUAAUAUUUAACAACAUGGAUAAUUGUAAUGUCAUUUGCAAAAAAAUAUUUUUACUAUAUAGCUUUUAAUGAAAAGUUAUUUUAGGGUAAUGAAGAAUAAAAAUAACCUCAUAGAUAUUUUUUUUUGGGUGGGGGCAGAUUCCCUAUCAAAAAAUUUAUUGAAAAUUUUAAUGUAAUAUUUUUAUCUGUAAUGGUCUUUGACUUAUAAUUUCUUGAAUCAGGGUAAUAAAUGGGAGCCACCUUUAGAACCUGAGUAUGGAGAUAAGGAAGAAGAGUCUGCACAGGUAACAAAAGAAACCAAACAUUUAUGAGUAAAACAGUUAUCAAUUAAUUACAAAUGUUACUAGUUUUGUCUCUUUUUUUAAUGGCCUUUUGUCAGUAAAUAAGCCUCCCCAGUGAAUUCUUGAGUUGUAAGAGCGCAUAACACCUUUUUUUUUUAUUUUAACGUUCUUCAGGCUUUUAAAAAAAAUAUAUAGCUCUACACUUUUCUAUUUAAAAAAAAAAUUUUUAGCUCUCCAAAUGACUUGUAAUUUAAAUAAGUUAAACAAGCUUUUAAAUGAAAAUUUAGUUCUGGCGUGAGUCAUGAGUUGGUAAAAUUAUUUGUCCAGCAGCCUCAAAUGGACAACACUUCGGAAGAUUCUGAGAGGAAAAUUGAAGGGACAUUAAAGCUUCCCGCGAUGCCACCCCUGGAUAAGAUUGUAGAGAAGGUUCCAGAAAGUACCAAGUAUGUUUCAUGAAUGUUCAUCUUGACUUUUCUAUGACCAAGUACAGGGUUGUCUUUAAAAGAAGUAUAUUUAAUGUGAAUGCUGUAAUUGAUUUCAAUAAUUGGUGCGUGCCAUUUAUUAACACAAUUUUACAUUGUUUGCUAUCUUAUUAUUGCUUAUUUUACUGUGUCAGUUUCCAAAACUCUAAGACUACUAAGAGUGAAAUCCAGCAAUUAUUCUUUACCAAUUAUUGUUUAUUAACGUAUAAAAUAGAUUUUAGUCAAGUCCAGCAUUUAUGUCAUUACAAUUAAAUUUAUUUUAAAUUUUCCCCCGCAGUUUAAAGGAGGACGAUGCUCCCCCAAGUAAGUCAAGAAUGUCCAUCUCACCAUCCUCUUCAUCGUCAUCUGGCUCACCUCGGCGGUUGCCAAAACAGAAGAAGAGGUCAGGAUCAAAGUCGGGAUCUGAAUCUCCAUCACGUUUACGAGCAUCGCUGCUUGAGCAGAGGAGAAGGAAAACCAAAGAAGGAGAAGAUUCACAGGUGAAGGGACCUGAUGAGAACAGAGGUAAAGACGACGGCAAGGAUGCUUCGGUAUCACCAUCUUCAUCAUCGUCUUCCCCUGAACCCCCUCCUGUUAUUCCCCGUGUUCAUCGAUCAAGAUUCGAUGUCCCUCCUAAAGGUUUUGUUGCUGUUGAUAGCAAAGAUCAGUCUGCUCCUGUUGUUGAAAUACCUGCACCAAAACCAACCCAGCAGCCCCCCAAUGCUUUCAUCCCUGAGCAGGACUUGACCACACUGCAGUAUAAUGCCAUUCAGCAUCCUAACAUGGCAGAGGCAGCAACACAUCUGGCAAACACUGUUGGUGUGGAAACAGUCAAAUUACCUCAAGUACCACUGCCUGCUUCAGCCCCACAGAUCUUACCCUCUUCAUUCCCUCUUUCAUCAAUUGCUCCUCCACCACUGCCACCUAUGCCGCCGACACCAGCGCUCACAAUUCCGCCACCUCCACUCCCUGAGAGUCAAUCAACGUCUGUCCCUCUUCCAGUGACUCCUACUGAAGUAAGGAUGGCAGCCAACAUGGAUCCGUUUCAGCUCUCAAAUGUUCCUCUGCCUGGAGAGAUAACUGUGGCAAGUGCUAAUAAUGACUCUGGUAAGGAACCAUCUACCAUCUUGCCAGGGAUAAAUAUGACACCUGUGGGCACAAAACCUGCAGAGACAACUGAUUCAGAAUCAGUUAAGCAAACUGACGGGAAGUCCAGGCGGGACAGUAGCCGCUCGGACAAAGCCAGAUCAUCCUCAGCAUCAUCAUCCUCAUCACAGUCAUCAUCUAGGGAGAGAAAAAAGACUCCUCAAUCUGUUAAAGCAGAUAGUGAUAAGCUUACUGAGAAAGAACUCCCUAAAUUGCCAGAGGCUCAGGUCAAGCCUAAAGACACUGUGAUGGCACAAAAACCUGAAAAAGAUACAUCUCCCGUGAAAACUGCAGACACUAAAAAAAUUGAUAGGCCUAAGGAAGAGAAAAGUGAGAAAAGGUCAGAUAGAAAGUCCACAGAUAAGAGGUCUCGAGAUAGAGAAACACCUAGGCCAAAACAUGGGAGCUCAUCAUCUGCAAGGGACAGGAGACGUUCUCGGUCUAGAGAUUCAAGGGUAAAAAAGAAGAUUAGUCCAUCUCCUGCAAGGAGAAGAUCACGCUCUAGAUCAGCCUCUAGGAGAGGACGCAGGUCACCCAUUAGGCGCAGGUCAAGAUCUCGAUCCCUGAGAAGAAGGUCACCUAUAAGGUAUUUUAAAAAAUUAGUAUUUAUAGUAAUUCCUGUUGAAAUUAAAUUCAUGUGAAUUCCUGAUCAUUCAAUCCGUUUACAAUUAUUUUAAAAAUAUAUUUAUAUAUUCAGUCGUCCCUAGCCACAUCGCGCUUCAACUUUCACAGCUUCUCUAUUGCGUGUUUUUGUUCAAAUAUAACAUUAAAAAGUUGAUCGAGAUAUUGAAAAAUGAUUCAGAGCACGCUCUGCUGAGUCAAUUAUACAUCCCUGUAUUAAAAUUAAAAUGACUGUACAUAUGGACUGUAGGCCUAUGAAUUUGAGAACCUUCUUUUGAGGGUCUAAUAAUGUUAAAAACUAUAGUUAGAAGGCCUUAAACAGGUUUUCUAUGCUCUUAUUGCGAAAAUAUUCAAUUUAGAAUUAAAGAAUUCUACUUCAAGGAAAGUCGCCUAUCAUGGUAGAUGCUGGAACUGAUCAAUGGCCAUAAAGGAUGACCAUAGGUGUAAAAAAUAUUAAAUGUCUUGUUCUUAAGAAAAAUCACAUUAAUUUAAAAAUAUAUUUUAGAUGCGUGGUUAUAAUUAGCGUUUAUAACUUCUACAUAUUGUUUCUCUAAGUCUAAGUUAAAUAUACAUGUAAAGUUUCUUAACGCAACAUGGCAUAGUUUUACUAGAACCAUAUUAUUAAUGAGUUAUUGAAAAAUUAAUCCCCAAUAGUUGACAUGGACAAAACUGACAUUUCAGAUUUGUAUCAUUACAAUCAGUUACUAUCUAAAUGAUAUUCUAAUGAUUCGGAAAUUCAUGUCUCUUGCUAUGCUCUUCUGUUUGGUUGUUCCUUUCCAGAAUUGGUGACCUAGUAUAAUAAAGCUUCUUGUUUCUGUUAUUUCAAGAUUAAAUUUGAUGUUAUCCUGAGAAGGUGGCUGCAUUUGCAGAAAUGGAUAACCUUGUCCACAAUUUUUCAAGACAACAUCAACACGCUAUCUUUUCACAUGUCCUCAUUGUGAUUUCGAGUCUAAGAUUGAGUUUAAAAACAAUUACAGAACGUAUUUAUUAGAAAUAGCAAUGAUAGCAGUGCCAGGCACAACUUGUAAACUAGUUAAUUGUACUUUACAAAGUGUUUGUUCUCUUUGCAACAUUUAAUUUGUCUUGCCUGCAUUAUUUCAUUAUCAAUAGCCAUUGGAGUAACUGUCAAAUGUAAGAGACCUCUGAAAAAAUGUUUGCACUAUCUCCCACUGUUCAUUUGUGAUAUAGAAAAAAAUUCAGAUUGCGCCAUGCUUAUGUAUUAGCAGAAAGAAAGAAUGUCUUAAAUAUCAGGCCUUGCAUGCCCAAACACUCCAUCAAUUUUCUUAAACAUUCCUAUGCAGCCAGCAUAUGUGAUGUAAGACAGAUAGACUUUUUUUAACUGUGACCAGACUGCAAAUAUAUACUGUAAAACUGGCAAUCUGAAUAUGUGCUGCAAAUCUGGCAGUGCAUUUGUUAAAUAUAAGGGUUUUUGGGAGAUGUACUCAAAGGAACAGAUUGUAGGAUAUUAAGGAGCGGGAAUGAGAGACCAUGAAUAUGUUGUUUGAACACUAAUACAUAUUUUCCCCUUGAUUGACCUUUCAGGCCCUGGGCAAGUCGUCAGAGAGGAAGGCAUGAUAGAUCACCUAAAAAGCGCAGGUAGGAAAAACAUUUGUUUAUGUUUUAAAUCAUAUGUCACUUAAUCUGCUCUCUAGAUGAAUGGAUAUAAUAAAAUAGUUUUAAAAUUCUGAUUAUAAAGAAUUUGAUAACUUUUACUGAAUGUAUUCAAUUUUUGUUAGGUCAAGGACUCGUAGUAGAGACCGUCGUCGCCGUGGCAACAGGCGAUCAGACAGCCGUUCUAGAAGUAGCAGUCGCAGCAGUAGGAGCAGUAGCAGAUCCAAGAGAAGAUCAUCCUCGUCUUCAAGUGACUGAGUUUCUGGCCAUGUUGAGAGAGAAAACUUUUGUUUGGAGCUUUAGCACAUUGCAUAUGACAUAUUCAAAACUUGGAAUGGUUUGGUGUUUUUUGUAUGGUGCAGCAUAUUGCUCUGGCCAGAUAGGUAACGACAGAAUUGGCCUUGACACCUUUGAAAUUUUAAAUGUGUGAAUUUGUGUUACUUUUUACUUUUAAUUUUAAAGUGUGCUACAGACUGACUGGUAUUCAGAUAGUUCUCUCCCAUGUUUUUAUUGUAUUUUUUUGUAACAUUAUCAUGAAAGAGGUCAAAAGAGCUUGUCAUCAGUCGUCCUUAUUACAACUUUAAGGUUAUUUAAGAUUUCCAACAGUUGACCCUGCCUCGCGACAUCUUGCAAGUAAUCUUUUUUUUUUUCUUUUUUUUUAAAACAAAUUUCUUUAGUUUUGGUGCAGUUUGGUCAUCGUGACACACCAGAGUCUCACUACUGGUUCAGUUUGGUCAUUGUGACACACCAGAGUCUCACUACUGGUUCAGUUGGUCAUUAUGACAUUCCGGACUGGCUACUGGUUUACCUUAGAAAAUUUGAUUAGAAUUCUAUGUCUCACUUGUUCUCAACUUAUUUUCAAAUAUAAUAAAAUGAGACUUUUCUCACUUUAUCAGCAGCUUCCAUGUGAAGUCAUUUUUGUGUCACAUAGUUGUGUUUUUUUUGUUGUUUUUUUUUAAAUAUUUACAGUGGAAUUAAAAUAAUAGAUUUUGUUUUUCAAAUUGAUAAGAAACCAUGUUGGUUUGUUUUUUUUUUCCAAACAAUGAAUCCUGGUGUUGAUGGUCUUAUUUUAAUUCCAUGUUCAUUUUAAAGCAAAAUGGUGCAUACACUUUUUAAUUAUUUUUUUAUACCGGUACACAUUAUAUAGUAGGGAGUAGGGCUCUCUCUACCUGUUGGAGAUUUUGAGCUGGGAGGCUCAAGUUCAGAGUAAUGAGUUUUUGCCUAAUCUUGAUAGAAACUGGAUUACUUUUAUCUUACACCUAAAUUUAACCUAAUACAGCCCUAUUAGUAUUAGUAAAUACUACAUGCCAGCCCUAAUUCUUUGUGACUAGGGUUAUUCAGAUAUUUCUACACUUCUUUUUUCAAAACAAUGAUUGGCAACUAUAAUGAAAUUGAGAGGAUACAAAAAAAUUAGUAUUCUCAAGGGACAUUUGUUGUUUUUUUUGUUUUUUUUAGUUGAUUUAUUUGUUACUAGUAUUAUUUUUUUGAACCUGCUAUUGUAUAUGUUUAUUGAAUUGUACACAUUUUAAAUCAAGGGUCUAGCUGUUGGUUGAUGUCCGGUGUACGAUCAAUGCAACUACAAAUGUUCAGAUUACAUCCAUAAUGGGGAUAUCUUCAUUGAUGAGGCAGGACUUUAUUCAAUGCCAUAAGUACUCAGAUGCAGCCGACAUUAACUUCAAUAAGAUGUUCUGAGAGGCAAAGCCUCACAGAAACACUGCUCUGUUAUAGAAGUUUGUUUACAUUUCAUAUUAAGUAAGGCUAAAGUAAAUUAAUAAAUAAAAAGCUUUGGAGUUUCAUUUAUUCUCUUGUUUAUUUUUACAUGCAGUAGCCAGUAAAAUAUGACAGGAGGGAACUAAUGAAAUGCUUGUUAGUCGUUGCAUACCGGUAUUACAUUGUUCUACCUUUC